AACAAUGGCGACAUCUUGGAACUAUGUCGGUGAGACACAUCCCUCACCGUAAGGAUCUCGGAUCCUCUGCCAAUCUGAUUGCAGAGCAACAUCUAUGUCUCACAGAUGAUAGGCAAUGUUUUUCGACACCCUUUCGAUUAUCAUUGCGUAAUACGAGUACGUCAAUCUAAACCCACCCAACUGCACAUGAAUUAUAUUAAGAUUACAUAUAAGCGCUCGCUUCUGCUUGUAUCUGGGGCUCUGCAAGCGUGGCACGUUCGGAUCGAACCGAAACGGACCGCCGGAGACGUCAACUCCAAGGAAGCGCCGAGAGAAAUGCAAAAUUGUUGUUCAUUUCAGCUGGGAUCCAUGUGCAUCAAAUUUUCACGUCUAUCGUACGGCGUAGCGGAGACGUUUGAUAAUAAUCUGUCAGUGCUUUCCGUCGACGUGGGGUGGCUUCCAGUUCCUCCAUUCGUCCUUCUGCUCUACCAGAACAUAGCCCGGCCCCUACAUGCUGUUCAUGUUUGCAAACUUUGUCUCGCAUGUGUGUAUGUAUGUGCUAAUUGCCCUGCCCUGCGAUCGGUCAAUUGACAGGUGCCCCGUCUUGGGUAGUGGGAGGUCUGCGAUCGCAUGAUCAUUUCGCAGGACUGAUGAAGGAUUUUCCAUACAGCCACUCCGUUGUUCAGAAGCAUGAUUCGGGCCGUUCCUCGGGCUUGCGCUCUGAAUACUGUUGGUUUAGGCGGACAUGCAGCCGUGAGGCUCGUGGGACCCACUCCCAUUUUCCCUUUGCAUGGUGGCCAAGAUCGUGGG